AUGCAUAUGCCUCAAGCACCACAACAACAGUCUCAACCCCAACCACACCAUCCAGUUUCUCCUACAGUCACCAGAAAACCCAGUUCAUCAACACCUAAACCAUCAAAGUCUACAAAAUCUGAUGCCCCCUCUACUAAGAAGACCAGAACCUCUGUUGCUACACAAGUUCUGAAGACAAAGUCUGAUAAACCAGCAAACUCUGAUGCUGUAAACUCUGAUACUGUAAACGCUGAUCCUGUAAACUCUGAAGCUGCUUCUCCUCCAAAGCAGAAAAGAAGACGACUUGUUGCAGCAUAUGAUUAUGAAGAAUUGGAAGCUCCUCCUGCCACAAACCCUGACAAUAUACAGACCAGUCCUCAAACAAAGCCAGCAAGAUUCAAAAGAAGGGCUAACAAGGCUAAGAGGACAAGGGUGCCCAUAACUGAGAUCACAGAUUUUACUGUUGAAGAAGAGCAAGCACCAUCCACUACAACUCCUGAUGAUCUAUCUCAAGCUCUGAUGGUGCUUCCUCUUCAGACUGUUCCAAUCUCUGCUGCCACAGCAUCCUCUACUUCAUCUGAAGUAGAUGAGGAAAUUAUAUGCAAGGAGAAAGCUACAGAUGAAGCUGAGACACCAGUGUCUGAUUGUAACAAUCCAAUAUCUGAUCAUGGACCCUCCACACCAAUUCCUCAUUCUCCAAUGAAAAUUCCUGAGGGUGCCAUUUCUCUUGCUAAGGCUGGUGAAGAGCCUAGCAAAUCACAGUCUGAAGCUCAAGACAAAUCUGCUAAAGAUCCUGUUGAGAAAGUUGAUAAUCCUGCAUCUGAUAAUGAUGAGGAUGAUGAAAGUUCAGAUGAUGACAAUGAUGAAAAUGAUGAUGAAGUUCCUCUGUCACAUCUACAACAAAAAUGGGAAUCUACCAGCCAGUAUAAUGCUAGGCUGCAAACUCUGGACACAAACUCUGAGCCACUUCCCAGGGAUCUUCAGGUUGAUCCACCAAAUGAGAUGCCUAGAACCAGACCUCCUAGACGAUCAGUGAGCAGCCGUGGUCAGGGUCUCAUCCCUCCACCUAUCUUUGGCACUUACGAGGUGACUUAG